AUGCCGCGCAGUGACGGAGAAAAGGUCUAUCUGGAAGCAGUUUACCGAAUGCCCAAACUCUUGAUCGCCGUCAUUUUUGCCUUUCAGACCGUGGCGCUUGGUUUCACUGCAUCGGGCUGCAUUGUAUUUGCAUUCAACCUAGUCGUAGCAGCGGGCAAAGAGGCAUUGGAAUGGGAGGAGCGUGGAGUAGCCGUCGGCGUGUUUGGUGGUGAUCACCUUGGUUCAUGUCUUGGUACCCCGCUGGGGUGUACGCAGCAUGAACGUGCUCAGAGUGUAUAA